UAAACCACCCAUCUUUUUAAGUGUUGUGACUUACAAGAAUGCACAUGAUAGUGACCUAAUCACUAUAAUCUCUUUAUUCUUAUGGCAGACAUGGUCCACAUGGACACCCAACAAUGAAUAAUUAAAAGAAAUAAUAAAAUAUUCAAAAGAAAAAGAGCACUAAGUCUAUGCUCCACCACCGGUUUUGCCUUUAAAAGGACCCAAAAUCCACAUUUGAUCCUCCCCCUUUCUCUCUUCUUCUUCUUCUUCCUUCUCCUUGGAUUCUUGGCUGCUGCUGCUGCUGCUGCUGCUUCUUGUUCUUGAGAAACUUCUGCUUUCUUUUAAUGGGUUUCUUUGAGGAGGAUUCUUGUGUAAUAGUAACCCAUCUCUUGUACAAGGCAGCUGUGAUUCUUGCAGUCUUGCGAUGGUCCUUGUCUUGGGCUCUCAAGUUCAGAAACAGAACCCAUUUGCCUCCUCCUUCCACCAAUGAUUCUCUACACCAAUCCCAUUCUCUCCCUUCUUCUCAACAGAUAAGGGACGGUCUGAUUUUAACCACUUUUGGUGACCUCACUGAUAGGAUUUCAGGAGCUUGUGACACGUGUGCUGUCUGCUUGGGCCAUUUGACAGAGCAUGAUGAAGUCAGAGAACUAAGGAACUGCUGCCACGUGUUCCAUGGAGAGUGCAUUGAAAGAUGGGUUGAUCAUGAUCGCGAUGAUGAUCAUGAUGACAAUCACAAAACUUGUCCACUAUGUAGGGCCCCUCUUUUGACCGCUUCACAGAGCUUGGCUUGGGUCAAGCCUGAGCCUAGUUGGGCUGUUGAGAGAAUUCUAUACCUCUUUGGUGAUGAUUUGUUUGUGCAAUAAUGACACAAAAUAGAUGGAUGAUAGAAUCAAUCAAUCAUGUGUAAUAAUGACAUGUAUAUAUGUAAUUUAUUAUUUAUCUAUUUUUCAUUUUUUUAUUA